CGCGAUGUGGAUUAUUUUUUUUCCUCUCUCUUUUGUGGACAUGACACUUGGCGGUUUCUCACGACUACGGAAUGUGAAAAUGGGGCAAGCUUGGCUCUCAGUGAAACCGACGUGAUCAGAGGAUGCCUAUUACCUUUUGCGCUUUAUUGAUUGAGGUGGCGCAGAUAUCGGCGGCUUCUGAUUGGAAAUUUCGGAUCCCGACGAGGAGUGACGUCGGGACGUCCUUUGUGAGGGCGAUGGCCGUCGAGGACGAUGGAAGGGGGUGGGGGGGUGGAGGGUUCUCGUCGGGCUCGGGACAGGGAGAAUGGCCGCAGCGCGUGCACAGCAGGAGCGAGGAGCAGGCUCAUCUGUUCGAUUGGCGGGAAUCGGGAUGGGGACGAUUCAAAGACGAAGGGGGAGAAGGAGACGACGACGGAGGAAGAACAGAUGCACCGCCGUUGCAGCUCGUCCGCGCGAGAACGAAUCAUAAGUUCGAAGUCGUGCAGUCGACGCUCGACAAGCUCAAGGAAAUUAAAGAACCGGUCGCCAUGGUCGCCGCUGCGGGGCCUUAUCACGGUGGUUCUAGGAAGGAGAAGAAGAAGAAGAAGAAGAAGAAGAAGAAGGAGAGGAAGAAGGAGAAGGAGAAGAACAAGAAGAAGAAGAAGAGGAAGAAGAGGUCGAAGAAGAAGAAGAAGAAGAAGGGGAAGGAGGAGGGAAAAACGAAGAAGAGGAAAAAGAAGAAGAAGAAGAAGAAGAAGAAGAAGAGGAAGGACGAGGAAGAAGGAGAAGAAGAAGAAGGAGAAGAAGAAGGAGGAGAAGGAGGAGGAGAAGGAGAAGGAUCUCCUCCUUUCCACUCACCUCCUUGUGACUUUCACUCCCAAAGUUUAGAAAAGAUUGUCAAAGGAGCUGGAGGCGGAGGAGGAGAUGGUGAUGACGACGGUGAUGAUGACAAAAAGGGGAAAAGAGUUGGAGAUUCGAAGGGAAAACUUCAACAGGAAGUAGGGCAGGUUAGUAAGAUUAAACUCAAACUGCCAUGGACCUAUAAUGGGAAGAAAGAAGAAAGUGUUUUGCAUUGGGCAGCGACAAUAGAGUCGUAUGUAUACGGGCAGCGAAUCCCAUAUUGGGACAGGGUGCUGAUGGCUAGUUCGUGCAUGGGAGGCGAUGCCAUGAGCUUCGCAAUCUCGCUACAGAAAGAGGCGGGGUGCAACUCAAUGGUUGAAUUCUCACAACAAGCUCGAAUUGAAGAUUUCCUUAAAGCAGUUAGAGAAAGGUUUGAGGAUAAAAACUUAGCACGUCGUACGAAAAUGCUAAUCCUCAACCUCCCUGAUAGGAAAUGGAAAAACACGUCUGCCUUGAAAGCAACUAUGGAUGAAUUGUUGCAAUGCCCUGACCAUGGACUGACACCUGCCCAGAUUUUGAAUAGUUUUGCACGAGCACUUCCUGAUCCCUUGAGAACACAACUUCAUCCCCGUGUCAAGGAAGAAGGAAUGACAUACGAGAAGUUCGGCAAGAUCGCGAUAGAUCAUGCUGGCUUCCUCGCCGAAGCAAACUAUUGCCACUAUUGGAAAGAUCUGCAAGCGGGUAAGAAGUGGCAAAACCGCACUAUCUCAGGGUCUAUACCUGGGAAGGAUAGUCUCCUUCUAACCUUUGAAGAAGGAGGCGUCGAGUCCAUUUCCUGGGAUCAGGUAGAUUAUGGUAUCGAUGAACUCAGCGGACCGGUAGCUCAGGAGGGGAGUUACGCGGCCGUUGUAGCCUGCGGGGGAGGGCGUCAAGGAAGAGGGCGUGGCCGAGGAAGAGGAGGUCGCGACCGUGGUGGACGAGGAUACGGCACCCAGAGGGGUGGUGGUGAAGGAAGCCACUACGUGGGAGGAAGGGGAAAUGGUCCCUCGCAAGGUGGCCGUGGUACUUACUCCACCUGGGGUAGAGGAAGAGGCACGUGGUAUAACAAAGGGAAAUCCUUUCUGCUGAAUGUGCUGGUAAAUUCCACCCUUGGCUUUCCUGUGGGGGUCACACCGCAUCCGGAGACGAGGGGGUUGUGGAUCCGGAUUCUCCCAAAAGAGGCGGUGAAAGGUUGUGAUGGCUCUGUUGUUAUCCUUGUAGACACGGAGGGUUUGUAUGGAGAGGGAGCGACAAGGUUGUACGAUGCGAAGAUCUUUGCGCUGGCCACUUUGUUGAGCUCCCACUUAAUCUACAAUUCCCGGCUCGGCACCCUCGCAUCAGCAGCAGCACGGAAGAAGAGGGAGGCGGUGGCAGAGAGGCUGCGUCAGAUCGCCGAAGAACAACGACAGAAGCACGCAGCAGCAACAUCAAAGGCCGCCGAUGAAGAACGCGUACGGCGGCAGGAGAUUCUCUUCAUGGAGGAGACUACGUUACACGCACAGGCCAGGGAUUGGCAGAAGGAGGCCGAGAAUGGAGACUCCGUUAACUACGGGACUACGAUUGCUCUCUUGCUCAACUGCGUCACGGACCUCCUCGCUACUUGCAGUGCACAGCAGGAGGACAUUCACUCUCUCGACCACGCCAAUCAGGCGCUGACCAAGCGCAUACAGCAGCUGGAGCAGCGACCCGUCGCCACUUCCAGCGUCGGCCCCUCCGACCUCGUCGACCGAGUCAACGUCUUGGAGAUAGACAUGGGAACGCUCAAGAUCGAGACACAGCGACUGGACCAGCAGGUGGGAGCAGCAACCGCACCUAGCUCAGCGCCUCGGGAGAGCAUUCCCAAAUUCGAGGGGCUCCCGAUCUUCGGCGAUGCAUCGAAGACGGACCCUAUACCUUGGUGGCGCCAGUUUGAACUAAAGUUGGACAUCCACCAGGUUGUCAACAAGAACCGGCACGCAUACUUGUACUCCCGGUCAGGAGUGCCACUUCAGCAGUGCCACGUCAGCAACAUGACGGGCCUGCCAGGGCAACUGCCCAACGAGUCCCUUGCCACCUACAAGCGGCGUUUCCACGCUCAGAUUGAGUCUGAGGAACAACGCCUGCUGGCAGCCGAGGCUGCCCGCGUACAGGCUGAAGAGGCAGCAGAAGCAGAACAGCUGCGGCUAGACGCAGAUGCCCAGGCUCGCCGCAAGGAAGCCCAGGAUCUGCUGCUGCGGCAUGAAACCAACAGCAUCGACAGACUCAAGUACUGGCAUUUUGAACCGAACGGCGACGAGGCAACACCGGAAGAGAAGCACAAGGAGUUCCUCUCCAAACUCUUGACGCGGUUGUUGUAUGCUUGCAACUACCAACGGUCAGAGUUGGAGAGACAGUACCGGGACCUGACGCAACAGCAUCAGGAGUUGGCGACGCUCCGCCGCAUAGUGCAGGGCCACGAGGAUGCAACUCGGGCACUCAAUGCCCGAUUGUUGGACCUGGAACAAGUUGUACCAGGACCAGCUGCUGGGUCUUCCAGCAGUGCACCCUCUAGCCGCCAACUGGAGGACCUCGUUGACCACGUAGUGGCAAUGCUCGGCGACAUCAGCACUUUCGCUGCGCCGACCACCAACAUCAGCAGUCAGCUGCAUACAUUGAAGACCGAGGUCCAGCAGCUACAGACGACGAACGCAAAUGGCAAUCCGAAGAUGUAUAAGAUGCCAACGUUCACUCUGGAGAGGUUCGACGACUACACGCAGCAGGAUCCGGUCCUCUGGUGGGAAGCAUUUACAACGCAACUCAGGAUUCUGCCCGUAGACAAGCAUGCGUACAUCGACGCCCUGUUCCUGAACUCAAAGGGUGGAUGCCAGACCUGGUUGACCCACCUGGCAACCUCCCACGUCGUCGACGUACCAGACUUGAAGGACGUAAUCACAUGGGAGGAACUGACACGGUUGUGGAAGAAGCGGUUCAUCGUCGACGACGCGCCAACACUCGCCAUCAACCGACUGUUCACCAUGUCACAGGACAACACUGCAACACGGGACUGGCUCACGGAGUGGCAGAAGAUUGCGGUUGUGCCCAAUCUGAACUUACCAUUCGAGCAUCUACGCCGUGAGUUCUACAACAGGACAGUUUCCAUGGGUCAAGUUUGGCUUGACCGAGGCGGAGUACAAGGUCCGCGGCCGCUAUGGCAGCUGCUAUUGGUUCAACAGCACCAAGCACAAGACCUCCCUGUGCCAAGAUUAGGGCAAGGAGGAUGUGCGACUCCGCCUCAGCUCGGGAAACUGAGCUCCGUGGAAGGUGAGGCGACUCCACCUUCUACUCCGCCAGAUUCGGCCGCCUUGCUAGCGGCCUCCUGCACAUCUAGGGAGGAUGCGAAUGUCACAAGUCCUCGGUAUACUUACGAGGAUUAUGCUGUCCACUUGGUUCCACCGCUGGACSAACCGCUCCACGUGCAACAGUCCACCGCAUGCACGGUUUCAUCACCAUCGGCAACCGAUUCGGCAGCUUCGCCGCAAUCUAUCGUCGGGGAUUCGACGUCAUGGUCAAGACUUGAUGAGCUCGACCCGUUGACGUUCACGGACUUCCAGUGGAUGCCCGUUCCCUCGACCGGACGAUUGCCGAAACCGCAUUGCAACUUGCUUAUGGCACAAUUGUGGGACUACUUGCACACUGCAGUUCCAGCUCCGUUGAUGGACGCCGGAGUAGAGGUUGUCGACCUUCACGUUUACAUCGCGAAGAUCGACAGCGAGUUCAAGAUGCAACGGUACGACGACAUCGACGCACCAUUACUAUACGUACGCAUUCAGAUCAGAGAGGCGACCUGCAGUGCCUUGAUCGAUUGCGGAGCAUCUCGCAACUACAUCAGCCAGGACUUCAUGGUACGCGCUGGCCUUGGCCCACGUGUCCGGAGGAAGUCCCAGCCUACGCAAGUCACUCUGGCAGACGGUCAUACGCUUAAGUCCAUCGACCGGUGCAUUGACGCCGUCCCAGUGUACUUUGCCCCUCACGCAAGUGAGGCGGUGUCCUUUGACAUUCUAGACACCAAAUUCGAUAUGAUCUUGGGCAUGUCAUGGCUGCGAAGCAAGGAUCACCCGGUGAACUUCUUCAACCGCACCGUUCACGUUCGUGAUCGGAACGGAGUAUUAGUUCCAUGCACGGUGCCUCUUCCUCAUCCUUCGAUCAGCUGCCAUGUGGUAUCCGCCGCAAGCAUGCGAGCUUCCAUCAUCAAAGACGACAUCGAGGAGAUGGGGGUGUGUUUUCUCCACGUCCUCCCGCCACAUGACGCUUCAUCGACGGACUCACCUUCGGAUCCACGCAUCACCGAACUUCUCCACGCCUACAGCGACGUGUUCGAAGGCCCGCACAGAGUAGUACCGGAUCGACCCAUCUGCCACGAGAUCAUCCUCGAGGACGGGGCCGUACCUCCGCGCGGUUGCAUCUACCGAAUGAGCGAGGAAGAGUUAAGUGUGCUUCGGGCACAACUCGACGGACCUCUGCAGAAAGGCUGGAUUCGGCCUAGCUCAUCGCCAUACGGUGCUCCUGUUCUCUUCGUCCGAAAGAAGAACAAGGACCUGCGGUUGUGCAUGGAUUAUCGCAAGCUCAACGCGCAGACGAUCAGGAAUGCCGGCCCUCUCCCACGCAUCGACGACCUUCUCGAGCAAUUGGGCGGCGCCCAGUUCUUCUCUAAGCUGGAUCUCAAGUCAGGGUACCACCAACUCGAGAUUCGCAAGGAGGAUCGCUACAAGACUACGUUCAAGACACGGUAUGGGCAUUUCGAAUGGCUGGUCAUGCCAUUUGGCCUUACGAAUGCCCCAGCCACUUUCCAAGCGGCUAUGACGACGGAGUUUCGACACAUGCUGGAUCGUUUCGUACUUAUCUACCUCGACGACAUUCUGGUUUACAGCCGGAGUCUGGACGAGCAUGUGGAACACCUGCGCACCGUUUUGGAGCGGCUACGACAGGCCAAGUACAAAGCAAACCGUGACAAGUGCGAGUUCGCACAGCAGGAGCUGGAGUACUUGGGACUCUAUGUGACGCCGCAAGGCAUCCGUCCGCUUGCGGACAAGAUCGAGGCCCUACGAGUAUGGCCCGAGCCCACCAACACCACGGACGUUCGUUCAUUCAUGGGGUUGGCGGGCUACUAUCAUCGAUUCAUCACCGGAUACUCCAGGAUUGCUGCACCUAUGACGAGGUUACAGUCGCCAAAGGUGCCAUUCAUAUUCGAUGACGACGCACGCCGCGCCGUUGCUCCAGCUUUGUCUUCGGGGUACCUGCAGCACAGCGCCAUCUUCACAGGGGACACACAGUCUGUGACUGCACUGGCGGAUUUAGCUAAGCAAGCUCAGGUCUUCAACUUGCACAACUGGCUCCAUGCGGGAGAUGCUCUCCAUCCUACCAGUGAUACUGCAGCGGCUACUGCUGACGGUUCAUCACUGCACUCUGGGGAUGCCCAGCAGGAACCUGAGGUAGACGUUGGCGUGCUGUUGAAGACUCUGGACUUCCCUCAGCUGACUUGGGUAGUCCAGGGAUUCGACAUGGAUGUGGAAUCGUCUCAGUCCCCGAUGGAUUACCUUCGGCGCUACAUCCAGGCGCUGGCGCGUUCCGGGGAUCUAUCGAUCGAUACCCUCUUCAACAAGGGCAUCUCCUGUUAUCCGCUGCGAACGCCGGCUGAUGUCAAUCUCUUGAGGGAGAAGUGGGGUAGCAGUGGCCUCGGCGCGGAGUUUGAGCUGUUUCCGUAUCUGCAUCCAGGUUACAAGGCGGAUCUUGCACAACUGCAGAACGCAGUGUUCGGCAAUUUGACAGCGAAGGGCGAGGGAAGCUUGACCGGCCAAAGCCUAGCGAAGGUUUUGCCCCUUUUGGUUCAUUAUGUAGGAGAGGAUUUCCCUCUGAACGCGGAGCGCAAAGUCAAGGAGGUCAUGAUAGAUAUAAUGCUGGAGGGGGCCUUCUCGGGCGCAGUACAGUACUUCCAAACGAGGGUCAGCGAUGCGUUGAAGAAGGGGUGGAAGGAGGGGUUACCAGGAGGAGAGGGGUCACCGAGGAAGGAGUCGGGCAAAUCGGGCUUGAAGAAGGGGUCUGCUGGAACAGGGGGGGAGCAUGAGAGAGGCAGGGGGGGUGCUAAUAAAGUGAAUGGAGGUGUGCCGGAGGAACUAAAAGCUAUUGUUGCAUCUGCGUUGACCGCGGAAGAGCUCGAUGCGCUCGUGGCUGCUGCUGGUAUGUUUCUAUUCACUAGUGAUUUGUGGAAGGAUGCAGCUGCAGAACAGGGAACACAGCUGCAGAUGACUUCUGGGAACCACCCAGAGGCAAAUGGCCAAGCGGAGCAGCUGAACCGCGUUGUACAACACCUGUUGCGGCAUUACAUUAAGCCCAGUCAGGUGGACUGGGAUGAGAAACUUGCUCUUAUCGCCAGCCUGUACAACAACGCUGUGCACAGCGCCACUGGGGUACGGGCGCCAUGCGAAGGCGAUGGGGUAUUCGCCGGGUGGAGCCUCGGGGUGAGUGGGGGAGUUCUUGAUGGAGGGGGUGUCGGCGGUGUGACGAGGGAAAUGUUGGGACAGUACGACUCCAAUGGCGAAGUCGGAGGCAUCAGUGGUGACAUAGAAGUGGCGGGUGGGGUAGGCGAUCUUGAGGACGGGGGUCGUGGUGAUGAGGAUCGAGAGGACUUGGCGGAGGUGCUGAAGGCGGGACUCGAAGGUGGGGCUGAAGAGAAGGAUGUCAUCAAGGUAGACGACGACAUAGACUUUGAGGAGGUUGCGGAAGAUGUGGUUCAUGAUAGAUUGGAAGGUAGCGGGGGCACUGGAAGGGUUGGUGGAUGUGGUAGUAGAGGUGGCAGGAGUGGAGGAGGUCGGCGGGGGGGUGUUGCUAGAGGCGGCUGUGGAGGAGGGAGUGGUUUGCGCUGUGGAGGAGGGAGGUGCAGCCGUGGUGACGACCGUGAUGGAGGGGUUGUCCCCUUCGAGCGUGGUGACGCGAUCGGAUAUGGACAACAUGGUGGCCUUUAUGUCGUCCUGAGAGGUUUGGAAGGUGUUGAGUGGGUGGAGGAUGGCGGAGAGGUUGGAGGUGGCGGGUGGUUGUUCGCCUGCGAGGUUGCGGGCGAUGCUAUCGACCGAGUCGGUGCUGAUGUCAGACAUGUUGAUGGAGGAUGCGAUCAUGUCGGGGGAAGAGGGGGUGGAGGACGCGGCCGGAACGGAUGUGGAGGGUGCCGCAGCAGGGUGGCGGUGGGAGCAGCGGUGGCGUCGACGGCAGCGCGUUGGGAGUUCUUGAUUUGGCGUGGUGGCAUGUGGAGAUGGGGGGGACAAUUCCUAUUUACAAGAAUAGAGUGUCAUCAAGUGAUUUAGCAAUGAAGGUAGCAGAGAAUC